UCACGGUUCAAAUGGAAACCAUAUAUAAACUGUUUUUUUUUUUUAACUUUUUUGCCGGUUUCUUUUUACUUUCUUUGAUUAGACAAAAUAUUAUCAUAUUAACAAUUCAUCAAUCUAGGCGCUACCAUUUCAUUCUAUAGAUCUACAUCAUGCAAAUUCCAUCGUAUCCACUAAUCGGGUUUGAAGAUCGAUUAUUUCCAAUGAACAUGCCUCCGUGCGUCCGACACGAUAAGUUAAAUUAUAACAGAAACAAUUUGUUACUGAUAAGAUUACAUUAUUCAAACUGCGCCUGACACUCGGCGCAAUCUUAUCUAAUAAAUCGCGAGUACCCAUUCCGUUAACAUCAGCGGUCGUUAGAUCACUAAACAAAAAUACUGAAGAAAAACAGUGCAAUAAACAGUUUAAGAAAACAUAAACCACAGUUGAAAACAGUUUCGAGACAAAUUGUGCUUUGCUGUGUUAAGAAUAAAGUUGUAUAUUGUGUAGAAGUGUCGAUGAUUUUAAUUCUAAGUGGUAUAAUGUGUUCAGUUUUGAUGUUGAAACUCAGAGGAUUUAAGGCUUCGUUUAAUUUGUUGUCGGGAAACAAGCGUGGCGGGGAAAAGUAUGAAAAGUCUGAUAUACCUGUACUGGGCGCUUAUAGGAGGAACAAGGAGGAAUAUUAUGUUGUCAACAACAUUCCUAACAAUUCCCCUAGAAAGUUAACACCUAUAAAUAACUCCAAUCAACCGAGGCAACGUAUCCAACACGCUAAAAGCACUAGCAAUUUAUUAACUGUUGAAGACGUACAUCAAAACACAAGAAAAAGUACAAGCGAUAUACCGUCUUCGGGUCGCGAAAGAAAACAAAGCAAUAACGAACAACGGAAAAUAGAAUCACAGAAACCAGAACAACGAAAGAGGGAGAAACCACCUCGUAAACAAGAGAACCUAAAGAAGUUGACAAGAGAAACAAAUGAACAGCCACAUCAAGACAAACCUAGAAAAGAGAAGAAGAAAGGCCGAGCACCCAAACCACCGAUACAGCAACAUCCAGAUUACUCCAGCAACACUCUAGAAAGUUCCAUUAGUAGGAGUAGCGGCCCACCGCCGUACUCCGCUGAAGUAAUACCUAAUGAAAACGAUAACACUGGCAAUACCAGCUUUAGUAAGCCAGUGGAAGAGAGCAGUUGGGAUCUUGUGUCGCAACACAGGGAACAAUUAAAUAGACCGCAGACUAAAUCUACUACAAAGCCAAAGAGUAGAGUUCUUGAUUUAAACUAUAAUGCAGUUACACAGACCUCUGUGGAGGUUAAAAAUAACAGCGAAGUAUAAUUGAAAUAUAAAUUAAUGCGUUCACAAUAACAUGAGAUGCACUCGCUCUCUUGCUCCAACUCAGCCGGUUUUUAGAAAACUAUCGGUGCUGUCAUCGGAUGCAGGUAUAAUGUUAUUUUACAUGAGUAGCAAUACGUUUAGUGUUAAAUUUAUACAUCAAAAUUACCUAGUCUUAUCUUAUCGCUGUGUUAACUAUUGUACGUACUUAAAGAAAGGAAAUUAUUCUUCAUGGAUAAUUUAUAAAUUCAUAAGAAAAAAUCUAUUUUUAUUGUUGACAAGUUUAAUUUCUA